GGCAUGGCAAGGUAAGACUCCUUUUCACGUUCGCCAUUUUGACAUACGGUACUUUUCGAGAGUGUUGGUUUUAUGUUUUCUCGUUUCUCGUGAAAAUAAUCUUUUUUACUGAAACGUUCUGACAUACAAGUACCAACCAUGGGGAAUAUGUUUGCAACAUUAUUCAAAGGUCUCUUUGGUAAAAAGGAAAUGAGGAUUUUGAUGGUGGGUCUUGAUGCAGCGGGUAAAACCACAAUUCUGUACAAAUUAAAAUUAGGGGAAAUUGUUACUACAAUUCCCACUAUAGGUUUCAAUGUAGAAACAGUCGAGUAUAAAAAUAUAAGUUUUACUGUAUGGGAUGUGGGUGGCCAAGACAAAAUAAGACCUCUGUGGCGGCAUUAUUUUCAAAAUACACAAGGAUUGAUAUUCGUGGUUGAUAGUAAUGAUAGGGAACGUAUCGGUGAAGCGCGUGAAGAGUUGAUGAGAAUGCUGGCAGAAGAUGAACUUAGAGAUGCGGUACUUCUCAUAUUUGCGAACAAGCAAGAUCUGCCAAACGCAAUGAACGCAGCGGAGAUCACCGACAAGUUGGGAUUACAUUCUCUGCGUAAUCGCAAUUGGUAUAUCCAGGCGACGUGUGCCACGAGCGGAGACGGACUUUACGAAGGCCUCGAUUGGCUUUCCAAUCAGCUGAAAAAUGCCAACCGCUAAUCGGAAAAAUUACUCUGUCAACAUUCAGUUGCUAUUAACAUCAUACAAAAAUAGCUGCACACCUCCUUCCCCCCUCUGCUACGAACGGGUAACACAAGAAACAAACGAUACAAACGUCGCAAGGUCUCUGAUCUUGGAGUGGAAAAUGUAGAAGGGGAGUUAUUUCUGGGAGUUGUCUUUGUGUCGGUAGGUUUUUUCGAAGGGGGAGAGGAGCGAAGAAGCGGCCGCAGGCACACGAUCGAACGGCCACAUCGGACUAUUGCCUUGCGCAACUUAUUAUAAUUAUAAUUAUAAUUAUUAUUAUUAUUAUUAUUAUUAUUAUAUUAGCAUUAUAUAGUUACACUUUUUACACAGAGAUGCCACAAGAAUGUGGAAAACUUGGAAGUAAUUAUAUUAAAGUAUCUAACUCUGAAACAUACGAUACACAUUGAUUAAUGAGUAAUUUAAAUGAUACCUCUUCGAUGAGAAAAUUUAAGAAAAGAACACAUGAAAAAAGGAAAAGGUUAAGUACCCAUAGUGUUGCCAGUUUUGAAUGCGUUAAACAUAAUGCGAUUAUCAUAAUGUAGCUGCAUAUUGUACAUUACAUUAUAUAAAUAUUAUAAAAAUGUGAUCACUAGACGAAAGAAUGUUGCUCUGUCCACUACAUUUUCAAAAAUUGUUCUUCAGGUCAGCGCGUUUACACAAAAAUGUAAACGGUGCAAUGACUCAUUUCCUAGUUAUUAAAGUUUCUAUUUUUUUUUAAGUUCUCGGCGCGAUAGAAAACUUGGGAAACGAAAACUAUGAAUAAUUAUCUCGCUAGCUGGUUACAGCAGGUGUAUAUCUUCAUCUCACCUGCCCGCCUUUAAAUUUGCAGAUAUCUAAAUGUAUGUCUUGCUAUAAAGGAGAAGCGAUUUAUUUAUUACACUUUGAUAAAGUACAGUAGAAUAUAUCCUUGCCAUUCCGAAAUUAUGCAGUAAACAUGGAACAUGGAAAAUUUUCGGAGAUCCAAAAGAGAAAUUUAUAAGAGUCAGGCCUUGUAGUUGUUAAAUUCAUCAACUUUUGCUAUUGUGGCGUUAUACGCCAUCAAUUUUGACACUAGUUCGCGAUCGUUCUUCAAUGUCAACGUUUUUCCUGUCUUUGAAAUAUAUUGUUUUUAUGAUAUACUCCUUCCUUUAAUUUUUCAUUGAAUCGUCUUUUCGUUAUACAAAAAUUCGUAUAAUUAUGUAUGAAUGUUUAAACAAUUUGUGAAAUAUAUUGUAAUUGUGCUUUA